AGGCAUGAGGUGUUGAAUUACCAACACUAGUUUGGAGUGACUUGUUUUGUCAGCAGGGGCUGGGUCACUAACAAAUCCCAGAGGAUUUCAGCGGCACAGACGCAAACAGGAACACAAGGGCAGCUGAUAAUACAGCCGGAGAGUUAUACAGCAGGGCAAUACAGGCAGCCUGCACGAUAGAUACUAUUUCCCAGCCUAAUUAAGGGACAAAGUGCAUGAUAAUAAAGAGAGAGAGCGAGAGAGAGAGAGCGAGAGAUACGACGAAAGAGAGAAGGGAAAGACUGGCGCCGGCAGAACUAAUUGCAGCAGGAGGGAAGGCAGGAGAAAGGGUCAAGGGGCACAUUAUUAAAGAGUUGUACCUGCUCCAGUGUGUCUAUCCCAACUGAGAGAUGAAUCACAGCACGAUGCGGACUGACAAUCAGGUUGAUGAAAGCAACAGGCCAUUAAAUCCACCAAAACAAGUUUCGGCGCGGCCUGGCAGACACAGAAAGCCAAUGACGGCUACCAAGGCCCAGACUAAGAAGUCGCCGCCGACUAAGAAGAGCAUCCUGCUGACCGUGUUGGUGGUGUUGGUUGUGCUGGGGAUCCUGGUGACUUGUGGAUACUUCAUCAAGCUGCUGAUAGACAGUAAGUAUUUCUUCUGCUACCGGUCGGUGAAGUUUAUUCCUCUGGAUGAAGCUUGCAACGGGAAGGCAGACUGCUCAGGAGGAGAGGAUGAACUCUCAUGUGUGACCAACCUGACGGUCAGCACCAUCUUCCCAGUGCGCCUGGUCUCUGAGAGCAAUGUUUUCCAGGUCUACAGUGCUGGGACAGGCUGGAGAUCUGUGUGUAGUGAGGGCUGGACUCAACAGCACACACUCAAAGCCUGUCAGAAGCUGGGCUACACCAAUAAGCCAAAGAGUAGCAACACGUCGGUGCUGAGCCUGCCCUCGUCGCUGAAGACCGGACCGUUCGCCAUUGUCACUUCAUCGGCUGUAACCACUCCCAUUAACCAGACGGUCGCUGACACCCCAGGGUGUAGUUCAGGAACCGUGGUCUCCUUGUCCUGCUCAGAGUGUGGAGAGCGGGGGCCAACAGACCGUAUUGUGGGGGGGACGGAUACCACUAUAGAGGACUGGCCGUGGCAGGUGAGCCUGCAGCUGAACGGACAACACACCUGCGGAGGCACACUGUUGUCCCCGCGCUGGGUCGUCACGGCAGCACACUGCUUCUCUGGCAAGAAAUUGCUGAGUCGCUGGAGUGUGGUGUCUGGGAUUACCUACAUGACUGUCCUGGGGGGCUCAUCUGUGGACAUGGUCAUAGUGAACGGAAAAUAUGAUGCUGCCAGAAAUGACUUCGACAUGGCCAUGAUGAGACUCACCACACCCGUCUCUCUGGCAGACUACCGUCGGCCUGUGUGCCUGCCUCCUAAGAACCUGGGACUGAAGGCAGGAGCCUCUCUGACGGUCACAGGAUGGGGUUACUUGGAGGAGAAAGGUAAGGUGUCCACUAUCCUGCAGAAAGCCAACAUUCCCCUGAUAGGCCAGGAUCAGUGCUCGAGUCCCAUUGUCUACGCAGACUCCAUUACUCCCAGGAUGCUUUGCGCAGGUUACCUGGAAGGCAAAGUUGAUGCAUGCCAGGGAGACAGCGGCGGUCCUCUCGUCUACCAGUCAGAGCGCUGGAUGCUGGUGGGGGUCGUGAGUUGGGGUAUUGGCUGUGCCAGACAGAAUCUUCCGGGGGUCUACUGCAACGUGGACGAGAUGCUCAAUUGGAUUUAUAACGUCAUGGACGAAAACCCAUGAGUCUUCAAACGAUGACCAAAAGCCAGUGCUGUGUUGGGUGGUGAUAUGAGGAUGGAUUUCAGUGGGUCUACAUUAAGCUCGCCAAGAUGAUGGAAGAAAAAUCCUGCUCGAAAUGUAAUGGACACCUGCAACAAGACCUCAGUGCCUGCACACACACAAACCCCACUCUACACCCCUUUACUUCUUGACCUUGUUUCUAAGGUCGUUUCAGGUGUGGCUUGAUCCAUUUCAGGAAUUAUAUCUCAGGGACUACUGAUAAAACUAAAACAUUUAAAGGAAAAUGUUGCUGUUGACAGGGAUGGACCCCAUGUGGCACCCACUGAUGUGAAACAUACACCUGUGGUCUCUGCUGUUUCUUUGUGUCAGUUAAGUUGCAAAAAGGCAACAAUAUACAGGAUAUGCAAAAGUGACUGUUUUCAUCAGAGUAUAGUCAUGAAACAUCUUGAAAAUUUACAUAUAUUGUGUAAAUACUAUUUGUGGCAGUAACUAAGUUUCCAUGAAACUGGAGACAAAUGUGCACAUCUUCUCAUCAGUGGUUUUCACUAUUUCUUUUCAUACAAGACUGUAUGAUGACAAGAUGAACUUCCAGUGUUUCCAGAUUUCUAUGAAAUAUGGCUGGUGAUUACUUAACAUGAGUAAUAUAGUUUUAACAUUUUUAGAUUUUCAGUCUAGCAAUGUUGUGGACGUUCCCCAAAAGCAGGAUGGUCUUUAUACCUGAGAAUUGUUUAUAGAGUAUUUUAGAGAUAUAGUACAUUUGAGGUGGAUCAUGUUUUUGAAUUGCUAUUUCUAUUAGAAUUUUUCAGUUAUACACUGUGGCAAGGCUACUGUAGGCACUUCAGGCAACAUGAAAAAAAAUGUUGUUCUGUCUUCAUCACACCAGUGUUGAUGUAUUUAUAUGACCUAAACUAGAAACUGAAUCUUUGCUAUUGUUAUCUAAUCCUCAAAUGUGUUGCUGUUAUGCCGCGGGAAACUUUUUUAUAUUCUGUAUGUCAACAGACAGGCCCUUCAACCUGCCAUACUCUUCAAACAGAACCAGAAUUGGUACACUUAUGCACUUUCAGGUUGCUCAUGUUCACUGUGCCAAAGUCAGAAUAAUCCCUGUUAGCACUAAUAUCCACAUGUUAUUACAAUGUUCUGAUAAUACUCUAUAUUAUUAUUUUUUUACCAUAUGAGAUUCAAGCACAAAGACCAAUGGGGGGGGGGGGGGUACACCCUCACGAGACAGUUGUGAUAGACUUCUGACGUAGGAAAUAUAUAUUUUUUUAUAACUAUGAUUUGGUAGAGAAAACUACUAAGCUAUCUAUCUGGAUUCAAGGAAACACAAAUGUGGUGAUUGACGUGUUUAGGAUUGGUACGUAUUGCGCUUUCAGAAUAGCGAUUGUGGCUCCCGAAAUAUUAAAGGUUGAAGUGAACAUGAUUGGUUUAUUUCUAUAUUGUAUUUUUACUACGUAAUAGGUUGAUAUUGUCGUCGGUGUAAGAUAAUAAUGUGCUCCAUUGUUGUUGGUAUUACUGUUAAUGUCAUGACGUCUAAUAAAUUAUUGUAUUUUCAUUGA